AUGCACAGCAUUUUCUGCAAACUCUUCCUUCUCCUUGCCUUCCUGGCGGCACCGCCCAUGGCUGCGGCCAACCACGGCGGCUUAGCCGUGGGACAAAUAAUCCGGUCCACCUGUGCCGCCACACUGUACCCCGAACUCUGCAUUUCCACCGUCGAGCUCAACCUCCCCACGGCCGCCAUCGAGAGCAGCCGGGACGUGCUGGCGGCCGCCCUCGACCGCACGAUCCGCGCCGUCGAGCACAACCGCGUCACCAUCCGAAAAUCCGCCCGCCUCGGCAAGCCCGCGGGCCUCCAGUACGGGGCCCUCGACGACUGCCUUGAGAUGGCGGGUUACGCGCUGGACCAGCUCCGGGCCGCAGCCGACCACCUCGAGGACCGCGCAGAAUCGAGAGUCGACGACUUACUGACGUACCUCAGCGCGGCGAUGGCGAACCAGCUGUCGUGCAUUGACGGGCUCCCACCGCGUGCGGCCCUGGUGCACGAACACAUGCACGUCUUCCGCCUCGUCAGCAAUCUACUAGCCAUGGUGAGAAGCCUUCCUGGCCGUGCAGUCUCUGGCUGGGGGCCGGGUCGGGACGGAUGGCCCGACUGGCUGUCGGAGGGUGACAGACGGAUGUUGGAGGCGUUGGAGGUGACGCCUAACGUGACGGUUGCGGCCGACGGGAGCGGGGACUAUGUGACUAUUCAGGAGGCAGUGGAGCGGGCCCCACGUAACAGCGACGAGAGGUACGUUGUUCGGAUAAAGAGGGGAGUGUAUCAGGAGAACGUGACCAUCCCGAAGUAUUGGAAGAACAUGAUGUUUGUCGGGGACGGGGAGGGGAAGACGGUUAUCACGGGCGACCGGACCGUGAAUGGCGAAGGUUUUCUAGCCCGGGACAUCACAUUCGAGAACACGGCGGGCCCGUCCAACCACCAGGCCGUGGCCCUCCGCGUGAGUGCCGACUUCGUCGCCGUCUACCGAUGCACCAUGUCGGCCUACCAAGACACCCUCUACACCCACUCCCUUCGCCAGUUCUACUCCGCGUGCACGAUCUCCGGUACCGUAGACUUCAUCUUCGGUCGGGGUGCCGCAGUCCUGCAGGACUGCGACAUCUGGGCCCGCCUACCCAACCUAGGCCAGCGCAACAUGGUCACUGCCGACGGGCGGAACGAUCCGGGCCAAAACACCGGGAUUGUCAUCCAAGGGUGUCGGAUCCGUGCCGACGACGACCUGCAGCCCGUGCAGGCCCAAUUCCCAACGUACUUGGGCCGGCCGUGGGGACAGUACGCGAGGACGGUGGUCAUGCAGACCGAGAUAUCAGAUGUCGUGCGGCCUGAGGGGUGGUAUAGGUGGAACAACAGCAAUUACGGGCUCCACACUUGCUUUUACGCCGAGUAUGAAAAUACGGGCGACGGUGCCGACACGUCCCAUAGGGUUACGUGGCGGGGUUUUAGGGUGCUGGCAGGGGAUGAGGAGGCAGAGCCGUUCACGGCAGCAAAAUUUAUUUCCGGCGAGGAGUGGCUGCCGGAUACGGGCUUUCCGUUUGCACUCGGGCUUUGA